CAUGUUGUUAUUGUCACAGCAUCCCCUGUCAUGCUAUUCUUUCUACCAAAACCUAUUAAUCCUUCGGCACAACGAGAGACGCCGCACACUUGACAUUAGGACAGCCCUAAACAGAAAGUACUUCCGGGUCAAGAAAAAGUCUGCGUUUAAUCGGAUGAUAGUGCUAUUUGCCUAAUCUGGAACGUUACAGAACGCCUCGUUGCAAGAAAAUAUUGUAUUAAUCGAACUGUUUUACAAGGACAUGCAAUCGGCACCGUUUUAGCUUGUUUUACAAGAUAUAGCUAGCCUAGCAAUCCGGCGAGUGUCUCUGACGUUAUUAAGGCGUCACCGAGCAGCUUCCGGGUUCGGCGUCGCUGUUUGUUUUUGCUUCGUGUGGUUCGGCUGUAUGCUGCAGGUUCGGCACGAAAACCUGUACGACGUUUGGUAAACGCGGCGGCUGUUUUCCCGACCCAGGACAGGCCUGCUGCAGGAGGCUUUGUUUUUCAUCACGCACAGACUAGUCUAGCGCUCUGUCGUCUUUCGGUAGUCCGGCAUGUCAGUCGGCUGCGGUCGAGGUGGGCCAGUUCGUUAGCGGAUUGGUACUCGUCCCCGGCCCCGCCUUUUGGGUUCAGGUUUGUCUGGAAGUUGCUCCGGCUUGUUGUAGGGCGAUCAUACUCGAUGGUGUAACCCCCUUGUUCGCUGGAGUUGACAGCCCCCCUAUUGUCAUGGCUUGAGAGAUGGGACUCCCUACACCGAUCCUCGAACCCGACGUCCCCAUGGUGCUGCGCAGGCUUCUCAGGAAGCGCUGGGUCUUGGCCGUCGUCUUCGGACUGUCCCUUAUCUACUUCCUGACCAGCACCCUGAAACAGGAGGAGAGGACCGUGCGUGAUCGGACCCUUCUGCAGGCGAGGGACCCCGAGCACCGCAUCCCCUGGAAAGUCCGCUUCGACCUCGGUAACAGCAGCAGGCAGAUAACGCAGUGCCGAAACUCGAUCCAGGGCAAGACCCUAAUAACGGACGAGCUGGGUUACGUCUGCGAGAGGAUCAACCUGCUGGUGAACGGCUGCUGCGACAUCAAUACACCCAGCUCUCGGCAGUUUGUCUGCGACACCUGCCUGCUAGGGGGCUGCUGCAGCGUCUACGAGUACUGCGUCUCCUGCUGCCUGCAGCCCGACAAGAAACUUCUGCUGGAGCGGUUCCUCAACAGAGCAGCCGAGAGUUUCCAGAACCUCUUCACUGCGGUGGAGGAUCACUUUGAGCUGUGUCUGGCAAAAUGCCGCACCUCUUCACAGAGUGUCCAGCAUGAAAACACCUACCGCAAUCCACAGGCCAAGUUCUGCUACGGGGAAAGUCCUCCUGAACUCGCACCGAUCUAAUCUCAAGUGUCCCGUCCUCCCUGAAGUUGGGGAUGGGGGGCGCCGAGUGUCCUGGUGAAGGUUGUGUGACAUGAUGAGGACGAAAUUACCUCCCAUCUGUCAUGGCAGCAACGCAAUGGAUAACAUCCUCACCUGCUCUGCUAUGGCAGAUGGUUUAAAUUACACUUCAUAAGUGCAAAGAAUACAACGUUAUCUCAUCAAUGAUGAUUAUAAGGUUCCACUGGCUUCUCCAUAUCUCUCUUCAUAUCUUCAACAUCAGGCAGAAAAAGCUGACACGUCCACCAGCCUGACACGAGAAAGUCAUUUCUCCGAAGACUGCAUUGCCAUACACUGCUUUUUGGGUGACUGCUCAGUUAUUAGUAAUAUGAUAUUCUGCUUUACAUAUAGUGUCAAAUGCGGAAUGGAAAAGUUGCUUAAACGUCACAUUUACUCUCUGCUUACUGUUUUGUAGUUUUGGUGUUUCGGAUGGAAAAAAGGUUUGUUCUGUACGUUCUUAACAUUUAAUCAAUAACAAUAUGAUAAGACCUCCAAAACGUCCUUUGAUUUUCCUUCUUUCCUAGCAUAUUCCUAUUCAGUCACUGUGAAGCAGGUGUACCAAGUCACCUCCAAAUGAGUUUAUUGGUAUCAGGACCCCCCCACAUUUCUAAGUGUAGACUGUUGAAUGGUCCCAGAUCAGGUUUAUUCUGUAAAAUUAAUUUCGUAAACUUAAUUCUCUGUAUGUCCCUCUGAGCAUUCCCUGGGCAGUAACCUUAAAAACAAUAAAGAAAUGUGGGAAAUACA